AUGCGCCUGCUCCACCUUCUCCUCCUGCUAGCUGUAGUAGCCGUGUUGCCUUCUGUUCUGUACUGGCUCUUCCAAGCGACGGAAAAUAAUGCAGAUUGGAGCUUUUCAACAACUUCUGGCGGAAUCGCAGUCUGCGCAAGUGACUGGUAUGCUCCAAUACGAGCAACUGCUAACGGAAGUUACCGCCUGCAACUUAACGUACCAGUGGAUUCAACCGUCGCAACCACCCGCUUUUACCGCGUUCGUAGCAGCAAAGUGGUGAAAUUUGACAGCCAUCCACGCCCGCUCUCCUUCGAGGAUAUGGCUGCGAUUGAGGAUCAACUUUGGCGUCUGCCUGUCGACAACCAGGUGUACCUGCUUUAUCCACAGAACCUCAACAUGUCGGAGGUCGUUAGCAGAGUGAAGUCGUGCCGUGCAGUGCCCGCGGUAUGUUGUUAUAAUGCCCUAUUCAUAAAAUCUUGCUGUGAAGGGUAG